AUGGGACGAAGAAAGAUUGAAAUCAAAGCGAUCAAGGAUGACAGGAAUCGCUCUGUCACCUUCCUGAAGCGAAAGGGCGGCCUUUUCAAGAAGGCACACGAGCUCUCCGUCCUGUGCUCCGUCGAUGUCGCCGUAUUCAUUUUUGGCAAUAAUAAGAAGCUCUACGAAUAUUCAUCUUCAGAUAUGCGACAGCUCAUCACACGAUACCAAUAUCAUGGCGGUCCCAACGAACACAAAGGCCCAUCCGAUUUCAACGGCGGUAACGACGAGGAGGAGGAAGAGGAGGGCGAUGGCACUCCUCCCCACGCGCCCGAAGGUGUCGAGAACCAGAUGAUGCCUCCCCAUUUUCACGGCCAGGCCCAGCCCCCGUUCCCCCAGAUCCGACACCACACGCCUUCAGCAUCGCCGCCCAUUGGCAACGGCCCUUUCCAAGGACACCCGGGCCAUCCUAUUCAGCGCACGCAUACCCCACAGCCUUCGAUCGGCUCACGGCCGGGAUCUCGAAAUGACAUCCGCCGGAUGGGCCCCGCCAUGGUCUCUCAACCUCCGCCUCCUACCGGACCUCCGCAUGCCGGGAUUAGCUAUAUGCCUACGCCUCCCAUCUACAACCCUCCUCAUCCCUCUGGUUUGAUGCCCCAGCAGGGGCCUACCCCUCAGUAUGCCACCUACCACCCACAGCCAAGUCCAAUGCCGCAGCACAGUCCCUACAUGGACGACCGAAGAUCCCCCAUGCCAUCGCCUAUGCCUCCUGCCUACUCGUCGCAACCGCCUUCGCAAGGGCUCCAGGCUCCGGCGCGUCCAACCCCGUCUCCUCAGCCAAACCACCAGCAACUGCCACCGAACCCUAUACCGCAAAUCUCGCCGCCUCCACCUCAGCCGCAGCAGGUCGAGCGUCGUCUGCAGGACCCUCCACCACCUCCUCCCGUGGAACCCAAGACGGAAUCCCAAGAACGCCCUCAGCCGCCCCUGCUCAACACGGAUACAGCCAUCAAGAAACUGCCCCAGCGGAAAUCUCACAGCAUCUUUACGCCCAUUGAGGAGAACCGUUCUAUUCUGUCCCAGCAUCUUGCCUCUUUCGCAAAUGAGCCCAUGAAAUCGGAAUCAGCGGCUGCAGCAGCGGCAGCUAAUGCGGCCAGUGCCGCCAAUCGGUCGCAGUCGGUAGAUGUGGGUGCGCUCAACCGAGUGGGUGACACCUCAAAAUCGCCUCACUUGCCACAGCGCGCCAGCACACAAGCUGAUGACAAGUCCCGAACUGUCUCAUUGUCAUCAAUACCAGAGACCACAUUGACGCCGCCCUCACGGUCCAACAGCGUCAAGGUUGGCGGUGGUCCCGGCGGAGCGCGGCCUAGGGGGCCCCGUUUGACGGUGCAGAUUCCCGAUGGCGGUUCAGAGGCUGGUGGCAGCGCGCGCACAGCUGACUCUAAUUCACCACGGAAUCCUACUGAGAGCACAACGCAGGCGCCUCAACGCCACAACUCUCAGUCAUCGCUCGUCUUACCGCCUCCAUCACCUUCUGCCCAAACAUUGCUGUCAGCCGGCGCCACCGGGCCACCAAAUCCCUUUGCUCGGCCGCCGCCUCAGCAGAACGUGAACGGAGACACUCCAGUAUCAGCACUACCGUCUCGAUUCCUGACAAAUGAGUUGUUGCCAAGCCCAAGUAGUUUCUACCCAGAUUGGAACUUCAGGGGAGGCGACAGCAAUACGCUUCCCAGCCCGCUCAACUUUGCUACUCCUGUAGUCGGAUCAGGGCCCAGCUUCCUAAGAGAUGACAACUUGAAUUCCAGCAUCAAUAGCAACUCGAAUAACGCUACAUCCACCUCCAACGGCACCUACAAUUCGAGUUUGCAUGUCAAUACAAGCAAUUCAACGGCAACGAAGCGUAAAACGCCCGAGUUGGGUGCCACAGCCCAGAGUGAGGCAGAGGAGUCGACGGACCCUAAAAGGCUCAAGGUUGAGUGA